UUCGGACGGAUUGUUUCAAAAUAGCGAUGACGUAUUUCCUUCAGGGUCCUGCAGCAAGGCAACCUCAAGCCAUCUUUGUCCUAAAGACCCGAAGGUUUUUUAGUAUACCUAGUACUUAAAGUAACAUUCUCCGAAUACUGACAGCCGGAAGACCCGUCACAAUCAUGGCGACCUUUUUUCGAGGGAAGCAGGCAGGCAUGCAGAAUGACCUGUCUGCUAACAUUAUCCCGGGUUCAUUUGCGCCGGAUGAUCGUGCGCGAUAUGGAAUCAAUUCCCAGAUUAGCUGUAUCGCCUAUGAACCUAUCCAGUCCCUUCUCGCCCUGGGCACAAAUGAGUCCAAAUUCGGUAGUGGGAGGAUAUAUGUCUUUGGUCAAACUCGUGUCCAGAAGCUGCUGGUCCCCUCUCGAUCAUGUUCUUUCGCAGAUAUCCAGUUCUGCGCCAACCGCUUGGUCAGCCUCGACACCAAGAACGAGGUAUCCAUAUGGAAUUUAGAUACCGGUAAACGUAUUACUGGCUUUCGUACCCCGGGUGUCGUGUCAUGUAUGCUUACCGACCCUGUGCUGGACUGGUGCUUCCUAGGCAUGCAGACAGGCGAGAUAUGUGCGUAUGAUCUGGACCGGGAACGCAUGUCACCAUUUCGCCUUCCUAAUUUCUGGACGGAGAAGGACCCCAAAACCAAAGCCGUCGCCCUAGUGUCGAUGCAAUUACACCCACGCGAUAUAGGCAAGCUAUUAAUCGCUUAUACGCACGGCGUGGUAAUCUAUUCGUUCAAGCAGAAUAUACCUAAUAAGUUUUUCGAGUACCAAGUUCCACCGGGUGCUCCGGGCGGCUCGGGCACAAUGGUCGAGUCUAUGAGACGACCAAAAGUUACUCAUGCAUUAUGGCACCCUACCGGUACCUUCAUACUGACUGCUCAUGAUGACGGUAGCUUGGUUUUCUGGGAUGCGAAGGAUGGACGAGUGGUUAUGGCGCGAACAUUCUUUGAAAGUAACGUUGAUCAACCUGUGCCUAAUCCAGGAGCUUCAGCCCCGAAGCACCCGUACGUGCGCAUUGCCUGGUGCUGUAAACAGAACCCAGAAGAUAGUGGACUGCUCAUUGCGGGUGGUCAGAAACUGGAUGAGCCUUCUAAUGGACUGACCUUUAUCGACCUUGGAGUUACACCUAAUUAUGCCACUUCCUCGUGGCAGAUCCUGUCAGAGUAUACGAAGGGAAAACGCACAAAUGCGUUAGAGACUCCUCCUGGAGUUGAGAUCACCAACUUCUUCUUGAUACCACGCCUUUCGCCUCAUUUUGCUGGUGCCCAGGACCCAAUUGCCGUUAUGACAUUGCUCGCAUCGGGAGAACUUCUUACGCUAAGUUUCCCGAGCGGAUAUCCUAUUUCGCCGACAAAUCAACUUCAUCCAUCCGUAUCCUUUGUUCACCCAUUCGCCACGAAAUUCGCGGUUACUACCCUCGACCGUGGUAGAUGGCUUGGAAUGGUUGAGAAGCGAAGUCAAGGUGAGCCAUUGCUGAAGGGAGGCGCCCAGGCACCACACCCACUUCGGAAAUUUGAAGGACGAACUAUCAUCCAGGUUGCCCAUGCGGACAGCACGAUCCGGAUUUGGGAUGUGGGCCAUGGCGAUGAAAUUGAGAACCCUUCACAGUUGCAAGUUGAUAUUGCUAGAGCCCUUAACCGUUAUGAAGACGUGGAAAUCACGGCCAUGACCUUGGCUUCUACCACCGGCGAAUUUGCGGCUGGCACGAACAAGGGCGAAGUGGUCAUCUACCGAUGGGAUGGCAAUAAGUACUUCGGAGACCCCCCAGAUCAAAACGUCGCCUCGAAUCCCGGCGGGAUUUCGGAUAUCAGCGUGAGGGCUGAACCGUCCCUAAAGAGUGGCCUGAUGCCGUACUCAUUGUACGAGAUGAUGCAAGGGCCUAUUAGCGCUAUAAAACUUUCAGAUGCAGGCUUUCUCGCUGUUGGGUCCGAGAAUGGUUUCAUUAGUAUAAUUGACCUUCGAGGGCCAUCGAUUAUGUUUCAGGCCUCGAUGGCCUCAUUCAUAAAGCAAGAGAAACGAUCCUCAUUUCUCAGAAGCCGUUCUAGUGUAUCGGCCAGCAAAGAAUGGCUGGUGGUACUUGAAUUUGGUGUCAUGACUCUCGAUGACGACAAGUACUCUAGCAUAUGUUGUUUUGCUGGCACAAAUUUGGGCAAAGUUAUCACGUUCAAGAUAUUGCCAUCUGGCAGUGGAUAUAAUGCUGCCUUAGCUGGGGUUGCUAACUGCAAUGACAGAGUGGUGUCUAUAUGCCCUAUCAUUGCGGAUACCGGAAAACCUGCCUUGGCCACGGCUCACGCAGUUGCCGGACUCCGGGAGGGUAAACAUGUCAAUGGCUUACUCGUAGUUGUCACACAAAGCGAAGCUCGCAUUUUUAAACCAGCCACCGCGAAAGGAGCAUCAAAAUCUUUCGAUGAUUACCUUUGUGAUGCCGCUACGGUGACUGAAUAUGAACUACACGGAAUGGCCUUGGUCGGUGUCUUUGGAGACCGGAUAACGAGAGCUUUCAGUUUGCCAGGCCUCAAAGAACUCGGAAGUUAUCCCUUACCUAUGAUGGAUGGCAGUCGAAGCAGUAACUCAGCAAUAACCGAGGAUGGAGAGAUAUUCUGCUGGACGGGGCCAUCCGAACUGGCGGUUCUUCAGGUGUGGGGUAGCGGCGAAGAGAUCGAGAAUACGGCUGACAAGCUCAUCAAUCCUGAUCUUGAAGUACCGCCAAGGCCCACUAUCUCGAACGUUCAAUGGAUCUCAGGCACCCAGUAUGUCUCGCCGGCGGAUCUAGAUCUUCUGAUCGGCGGCCCCGAUCGGCCUGCUAGCAAGCGAAUGAUGUCUGCGACGGCAGCAAUAGACCGAAACCUUGAACCGGGACCUAACUCAGGAUAUACAGGGACGGGGAGCCAAGAAGGCUGGGGCGAGUACCUUACCAGGCAGCUGAACGAGAGAACGGAGAAAUUGAAUAUUGUGAACGAUAGUAUGGAUUCCGCCGCCGAAGCAAGCCAGAAGUGGGCCGAUGAUGUCGGCAAGCUUGUUAAUCAGCAGAAGAGGAAGAUGGUUUUUGGGAGUAUUACGAGCAAGUUCGCUUAGGCUGUACGUAUUUCUACGCUUCUCAUUCGGCUUGGGUUUCAGACAUUAGGGUCUACGGAGUUAUGAGAAUGGCAUAGUAAAGGUAUUCCCAACUACGUCAGCGACGUAGAAAUUUUAUUACGAUUGAUAUCACCCCAAUUUUUAACCACUUUCACACGGCCAAAAAGAACUGAAGUACCAAAUCAAAAGCUCAUGUCAUUAGAGCUAUUAUUGGAAAA